UAUACGAAAUUCAUGUGAGACCAGCGAGCCGCGGCCUCACUAGCCAAAGCCAGCCACCAGAAAAAAAGAAGGCAGCAGCAGGAGCAGCACACACACACACACAUCGACCAGCGCCAGGACCCACAUCAUCAUCCUUCCUGCCAGGCCGUCGCCACUGCUGCCGCCCCUCCGCUCCCCCCGCUGGAGUCGCGCCUCGCUAAACGCUGCUCAAAACCCAUCAUCUAACUAAUAAAGCGGACGAUAAACAAGCACGUUAAGCACCGAAGAAGGCGAAGCCGAGCUAUUAGCGAUAGUCAGGGUUCUCGAUUGUGGAUUGGAGAAAAAAUUGGCAACAUUUCUGAUUAGGAGCAACAACACAACACCACAAAAUGCCGCCAAAUGCAAAAUCGGAAGCGGACGCCAAACCGGAAGCGGAACCAGCGCCAGCGUCCGAACCGGCAGCGGAACUGGAGUCCGUGGACCAAAAGCUGCAGGAAACACAUCACUCCAAAUUCCGUGAGGUGGACAGGCAGGAGCAGGAGGUCCUCGCCGAGAAGGCGGCGGAGGCGGCCAGUCAAAGAAUCGCACAGGUGGAAUCGACAACACGGAGUGCAACAACAGAGGCUCAGGAAUCCACUACCACCUCAUUGCCGGUGAUCAAAAAGAUCGAGCACGUCGGCGAAGUGGUCACCGAGGUGAUCGCCGAGCGCACGGGGCUGCCAACAUGGGGCGUGGUGGCCAUCAUCAUUCUCGUGUUCCUCGUCGUCUUUGGUAUAAUCUUCUUCUGUGUGCGGAGGUUCCUGAAGAAGCGAAGAACCAAAGAUGGUAAGGGUAAGAAGGGUGUCGACAUGAAGUCGGUACAGUUGUUGGGAUCGGCGUACAAGGAGAAAGUUCAGCCUGAUAUGGAGGAACUCACCGAAAAUGCCGAGGAGGGUGACGAGGAGGACAAGCAGAGCGAGCAGAAGCUGGGGCGCCUCAAUUUCAAGCUGGAAUACGACUUCAACUCAAAUAGUUUGGCUGUGACGGUUAUCCAGGCUGAGGAGCUGCCCGCCCUGGACAUGGGCGGUACUUCGGAUCCCUAUGUCAAGGUGUACUUGCUGCCCGACAAGAAAAAGAAGUUCGAGACCAAAGUGCACCGAAAGACUCUGAGUCCGGUCUUCAACGAAACGUUUACCUUCAAGAGUUUACCCUAUGCCGAUGCCAUGAACAAGACGCUCGUGUUUGCCAUCUUCGACUUCGAUCGCUUCUCGAAGCACGACCAGAUCGGCGAGGUGAAGGUGCCGCUGUGCACCAUCGACCUGGCGCAGACGAUCGAGGAGUGGCGCGAUUUGGUCAGCGUCGAGGGGGAGGGCGGACAGGAAAAGCUGGGAGACAUCUGCUUCUCGCUGCGAUACGUGCCGACUGCCGGAAAGCUGACCGUCGUUAUCCUGGAGGCCAAGAACCUGAAGAAGAUGGACGUGGGCGGACUGUCUGAUCCAUAUGUGAAAAUUGCAAUCAUGCAAAAUGGCAAACGUUUGAAAAAGAAGAAGACAAGUAUCAAAAAAUGCACCCUCAACCCUUACUAUAAUGAGUCGUUCUCAUUUGAAGUACCAUUUGAACAAAUACAAAAAAUCUGUCUCGUUGUGACCGUCGUGGAUUAUGAUCGUAUUGGAACCUCCGAACCCAUCGGCCGCUGCAUACUCGGCUGCAUGGGCACCGGAACCGAGCUGCGUCACUGGUCCGAUAUGUUGGCCUCGCCCCGCCGGCCCAUCGCCCAGUGGCACACCCUCAAGGAUCCCGAGGAGACCGACGAGAUCCUCAAGAACAUGAAGUAAGGCGCUACCACGGAUAACCAAUGCAGACUUACAGCACAUCUAUCAAACGUAUAAAAGUAACCAAAGAACACUUAAGCGAAACCGUCAGACAUAGAAAUCGAAUGCAUCAUCAUCAGCUACAAAGGAUCCUCCUCAACCGAAACGACAAGCAACAAUCAGCGAAAUAUCGUAGUUAAAGCAAAAAAUUGUUCAUCUCUAUGCCGUUAUCUAAACAUAAACAUACUGGAACACACAAAAGCCGAUUAAGUAAUACCUUAGGUGUCUAAGUUAUAUCUCAUUGGUUGAACAGCAAAUCGAAGUGAAAGACAUAAAGUCCUAUAUAAAUGGUAGAAAGCAAUGUGUCCCUUUCACUGACCGGAAUCCGGAAUCCAAGAUAUAGUUCGAUCGAUUUUACACAUAAUCUCACACAUGAAUUCAUUUCGAGAUCUAUGAAUUUCUUGUUGUCCCUGAUUGAGAAUUUCAAAACUAUGAAAACGACGAGUAUGUUUUAUUCUAUAAAAAUCUCUAUAUACUCAAACUAUUUAACGGAUGGCCGAGAGAGUAUCAUUUUUAACUGUUAAGUUUACUUUGGUUUUUAAUUAGUCCAAUGAUAAAAGGGAUCUUUCCGGUUUUAAAUUUGUUUUUCAAUCGUUGAAGGAUUACUAGUGAAUAAUAUUACUGACUAAUGAAAAUAUAAACAAAGCAAGAACGUAAAGGCAACUUAAACUGUUAUGUAAAUUAUUUAUUAUGUUUAACUUAUUGAGCAUUACGUACUUAACUGUGUAAGUAUAAAUCUUUGUGUGUUUAAAAGAAGAAGUGAAAAUGGCAGACAUAUUAACUGGAGGAAAGGAAGCAGAAUCAUAAAAAAUAUAUAUUAUAUAUAAAUAUUAUGUAUAACCCUUGCAUAGACUAAUGUUAUGUAUACACAGAGCUGAGUUUUGACGACCUAACAAAAUCAGACGAAUAAGUAGAAGGGAAACCAAAACAAAACCGAAAAGCAAAUAACAAAAGUUAAACUUUAAAGCGUGAUUUCAACGGAAUAUAUCAUCAGUUUAAACUUUACAAAAUAUCGAACAUUUUGCACAAUGGAUCAGAUUGAAAUAUUCUUUUCUUUGGUUUCGUUUUCAAUAAAUUAGGAAAUAUGUGGCUCAGUUCAGGAAAGGUUUCCAUUUAUUAGUCAAUUUUUAAUUUUGGAAGCUUCAACUAUUUGUUUGAGUUAUAACUUACAACUGUCCCUUCAGUAGCUUCUUCUUCUCAAAUCUUAAGGUUUCUACAACUAUCUAUGAAUCGUUUGUUUCCGACCUUAUCACAUUCCCUGGUUUAGAAAUCAUAUUAGGACCUAAUGAAAAUAUACAUACUAACUAAAUGAUUAUGGCAAAAUGUUAAAACAGAAAAAGAAAUAUUAAGAACAAUAAUAGUUAUUACUAUUUAUAUUAUAUUCAAGUAUAUGACAUCUAAACAAUAUACAUUUAUAUAUACUUAAAACAUUGUGCUCUUGCUGCACAAGCCUACUAAGAAUUUGGGAUUUUUAAUAUGGAAAAGCGGCGGCAACAAAAACUUCUACCUACCUAAAAAAAACACAAAUUAGCUAACUAAGCUAACAAAACUCUCAAGAGCAGAGCAUUCCAAAAUAAAUAAAAUUCAAGACAGAGGAAAAAAACGAGCCAUGAUUUUCUGAUUUUUUCCAUAUUGAAAGUAAAUGAAAUUCAACUAAUACAUUAGAUGUUUUUGUCCUGUAAAUGGUAUAUUAUAAUGAUAAUGAUAAAGCGUAGUUAGGGAUCUGUGUAUCCCCUGUACACACACUUACACAGUUGUAGUUAUGUUCACCAAAGCAAGAUGCAAACUUACAAAUCGAGAAAAAUACCAAAAAUAUUUAUGUAAUAUAAUUCAUCUAAAUUUAACAAAUCGAAGUGGACGCCAGGAAAAACAAGUUAUACAACUUAUUACAAGUAUUGUUCAAUAAAAAAAUAAAUAACUUUGCUUUUCCAAAUAAUUACUGUAAAUUAUCUCAAACCCAAAAACAGCAACAAAACAAAGACACAAAACACAUAUGUAUUAAACAAAUGGUAAAUUACUAACAAAAAUCGAAGCCUAACCACAACAGCAACAAAAUGAAACAAACAAGACAACAAACUAUAUAUACUUGCAUAUUAAACAAAUUAUAUGAAAUUAUAUAAAAUGAUGUUGAUUAUUGAUUUAAAUUAAAACUGAGAAAGUGAAUAAAACAAAUUAUAUAUACACCUAUAUAUAAAUAUUAAACAAAACAAAAGCAAAAAUUUCAUUUGUGUUUUCCUUUUAGUUGGUAUAUGUUUAUUUACACAGCGUUACACUGAGAAAAACCGAAUAAAAGCCGAAUACUUUUUGCGGCAGUGUAAGUGUUAGCCCGAAACGACAUGUACAUACACACACAGCAAACACCCAUACACAAACACAUGAUAACACCCACACUGAGACACCCGCGAACUGACCAAAAGCAAGUCGAACAUAUGAAUGUAUUAUAAAGUAUACACGAAAAGUGCAUACACUUACCGUUAGUUAUACAAUAUCUGUAUAUGUAAAUCUAUUAUUUUCAAAAGCGUUUCCAAAGCAAGCAGAAUGCAGCGCAUAGCCCAUCACAAAAGCACAAAUCAGUAGAGAAAGUCGGAGCGGAAGAUAUUAAGAGGAGUUAAAGUAAAUAAGAAACUAAAAUAGGACACACAAAUAAAACAAAACGAAAGCAACAGCAACAACAACAAAAUAAUGUAGCAGUCCAUGUACUUUUAUUUUCUAGAUAUGUAUGUAUGUAAUUUAUAUUCGAUAAAUCAGGCAUUAUGCAUUUAGCAACCAGACAAAGGCAUAAAAACGAAACUAGGAUUCACUGUCGAAGAAGAUCAAAAGAUCAGGAUCGAUCAUCCUACCAUUCACCAUAGUUAAAGCCCGAUUCCACUGACAAAAGCAUGGAAAGGGGAGUGUUUCAGUGGAGUCGGGAUUAUUAUACAUAUAGAGCGCACCUGAGGGAACGAUCGAGUAGCAAGUUAAGAACAAUGAGUAACGACAAAUACAAGAUACAAGAUAUAGAAAUAUGCGUUAUAGGUACAACAGACCCAAGAUAUAGGACAAUGUUUGAUGUUGAUAUGAGUUAAUCUGGCCACCUAGAGUGCGCAUUAUAUGCAUAGAUACGAACCUACAUACAUAAUGCAGAAGAUAAGCCCUUCCACGAGAUCAUUUUAUAUACCCAACGAUCGGGGGAGGGCGGCAAACAUUAUACAUAACCAUCGACAGCACCGCAUAGUAUGAACACAGCAUACGGAAUACAUACAUAUAAAUAUCCACGUAACCAAGCGAUAUACACAGGGACGUAAGGUCCACAUACUUCUCCCAGGAGCUCUCCAUCCUUCGGUUCAGAUCCAGACUCUAUAUACCCACACAUGCAUACACUCUCAUCCAGCACUUACACUCGCGGAUAUCAUUUUAUGACUCUUUCCGGAGUUUUGUUGUUUACGAUAAACUGUUUAUAGCUGUUUUUGAAUUUUAAAUAAAUUAUAUUUACUAUAUGGCAAAACCAAGAAUAACACUAAAGCAAAACCAUAUAUGAUAGUAAUAUAUGUUUUAAAUGCUAUUACCAAACGAAUCUUAAAUUGAGGCUUUGCAAGCGAAGUUGCAAGCGAAAGAAUAUUAUUGAAUAAACUGCAUAUAUAUAUACAUACUAUAAUGCAACUGUAUUGCAAGACAAGCAUAGCAUUUUAUUUCCGAGGCAAAAAGAAUUUAACGAAUCACACACGCAACUCUGACACACACACACCUGUGUGUGCGGCUAGCGGUAAUCGCAGGUGAGCCUUCGGCCCCAAGAUUUGCGGCCGUGCCCCCAAAACAAUAAAAUGCCCCAGAACAACAGCAACAGAUAGAAGAUCUAUGUAAAACACAAGCGAUGUGAACGACACAGAUACACACAGAUACACAAGAACUAACAUAUGUGAAAUGAAAUGAGGAAUGUUUAUAAACAAUAAACAAAUGUUUGAAAACUAA